CAUUUAAUGAUUAUUGUAUGGCAGUGGGAAUUGAUGUUGAACAUCCUGUCGCACAUGUUCAUACUCAAAAUGGUCUAGCAGAAACAUUGAUUAAACGACUGCAACUUAUAGCCAGACCAUUGAUAAUGAGAACAAAACUCCCCACUUCAGUAUGGGGACAUGCUAUUCUGCAUGCAGAUAAUCUAAUUCGCAUAAGACCAAGUGCACACCAUACAUACUCGCCAUUACAAUUAGCAUCUGGUCGAGAACCAAAUAUUGCACAUAUAAGAAUUUUUGGUUGUGCAGUGUAUGUACCAAUUGCUCCGCCCCAACGUACGAAAAUGGGGCCUCAAAGAAGGUUGGGAAUAUAUGUUGGAUAUGAAUCUCCAUCAAUAAUAAAAUACCUUGAGCUAAAAACAGGUGACGUUUUUACAGCUCGAUUUGAUGAUUGUCAUUUUAAUGAAGAAUUAUUUCCCCCUUUAGGUGGGAAUGAAAAGUCAAUUGAGAAAAAUAUUGAAUGGAGAACAUCAUCACUAUCAUAUCUUGAUCCUCCCACCAAACAAAGAGAACAAGAAGUUCAAAAGAUCAUACAUCUGCAGAAUAUUGCAAAUCAAUUGCCAGAUGCAUUUACUGAUACAAAAAGGGUGGCAAAAUCACAUGUUGCAGCUAUAAAUGCCCCUGCUCGAAUUGAGAUUACAAAAGAAAUGGCAAAUGACGAUGUGCCAAAUGAAUUAAAGGCACGAUUAAAACGAGGAAGACCAGUGGGGUCUAAAGAUAAGAAUCCUCGAAAGAAAAGAGAAAUUCAAGAUUCGAAUUUGAAAAAGAAUCAAGAUGAUGGAAAAAUUUCGGAACGAAAUGAAAAUAUUGAAAUCUCUAUCAAUUAU